UUUGACAAAUUGAAACUAAAAGUACUCCUGCAGCAACGAAGCCAAGAAAUCUCAAUUUUUCAUCGUAAUUUUUAAUAAUAUGGCAAAUUAGUAACAAUUUCAGAACAAAUGAUAAAAAUUUGGUUACAAAAACUUAUGAUUAACAAAAUCCUUCGCUGUAAAUAACAAAUAACAGAUAUCUGUUUAUUGUUUUUACUAGCAAAAAUACAGAUAAUAAUGAAAAAUCAAAUGGAAAAAGUAGUAUUCGUAUUACUUCACAUUUUUAUCGCAGCAAUAGGAAGUCAAUUAAAUGAAAAUUGUAAAGUGAACAUAGUAAAAAGAUCGCCAAAAGAUCUGAACAAUGACGCCCAAUACUUUGAAUUAUUUUGUGAAAAAGUAUCAUAUGUUCGGUUAGAAAGUAGCCUCAUUGAUAAUAUAGAACAAUUGAGCUGGAUAAAAAGCGAAGUCAAUGACGUAAUUUUAGGAAGACUACUCAAAAAACAUGGGACGGCUUUACAUCAUAUUGAAGUUUUAGAUUUCAGCGGUAAUAUCAUCGAAAAUAUUGAUUUUGAAAUUUUCAAAGAUAAUCAUAUGCUUAAAACAUUGAAACUAAAUCAAAAUCUGAUUAAGAACAUAAAUUUAUAUGAUUUAAAUAAUUUGCAAGAAUUAUAUUUAGAUAAUAACAACAUACAAACAUUCAAUAUAAAUAAUGAAACAUUAACGCAUAAGCUAUCAAGAAAUCUAAAGGUUUUACACAUUUCUAAUAAUGAUAUAUAUAACAUAUCAGAUAUCAAUAUGUUUAUGAAUUUUAAAGUCUUGGAAGAACUGAAUAUUGCAGGGAAUAAAAUAUAUAAUGUUCCUUAUAAACUUUUAUACGAACUGAGAGAUCUUAAAUGUUUAAAUUUAUCAUCUAAUUUUAUAAAAACAUUUAAUAAUAAUAAUGAUAAUAUACUAGCACAUAUAAGUUUACAAACUCUAAUUUUAAAUAAUAAUAAGAUUGAAAAAGUGGAAAUAAAUUCUUUUAAUAAAUUUGAACAUUUACAAAAAUUAGAUAUUUCUUACAAUGAAAUAUAUGUGAUUGAAGAGAAUUCCUUUGAUAAUUUAUAUAAUUUAAAAUCACUAAAUUUGCGUGGCAACAAAAUUUCUUUAAUACCUUCAGAAUUAUUUACUAACUUGAAACUAUUAGAAAAGCUAGAUAUAAGUGAAAAUAAUGUUAUAAUUAUUCCAAAUGGAUUGUUCCGGCAUCAAUAUAAUAUGCAAUCUUUGUUUAUUGAGAAUACAAACUUGAACUAUAUCGGCAAUUUUAUAUCUGAGAAACAUAAUGAAAUUAAUACAUCUGUAUUGAAAAACCUAAAAAUAUUAAAAAUCACUAAUAAUAGAAAUCUUAUCACGAUGCCCGACACCUUAUAUAAGAAUUGUGAAAAUCUUUUACAGUUGAAUAUUUCACAUAACGCUUUAGAACACAUCCCAUCACAAAUUGGAAAUCUUAAAUUCAUAGAAAAAAUUGAUAUUAGCAACAAUAAAAUAAAAUACCUUCCAAAUACUUUAAUGGAUUUACAAAAUAUGAAGGAAUUUAACAUGAUAAAUAAUAAUUUUGUUUGUGAUUGCCAUAUGUACUGGAUACUGAAUUGGACAAAUCAAUUAAAUUUGUCUAUUGAGGGUUCCAAAGAACAUGAGAGCAAAACAAUGUGGCAAAUAAAAAUGUCUACCUGUAAUGAAGGAGAAACAUUUUCAGAAUCAAGAAAUCAAUCAGGAAAUAUGUUGGCCGUACUAAAAAAUAUGUCAUGCAUUAAACCAGUGGUUUUGCGAUAUUCAGAGAGUACAAUGCAUUUCUUAGAUUCAAAUACUUCUUUUGAGUGUCAAUUUUUUGGUAGUCCAGAACCUAAAAUAAGUUGGCGUACUCCUACAAAUGAAAUUCUACAGUUUGAUGAAUAUAACAUUUACAAUAAAUUGCAAAUUGGAAAUACACACAUCAAAUUAAUAGAACCAGGAAAACUUAGCAUUAGUAAUAUAUAUAGAAAUGAUAGCGGCCUUUAUACAUGUUUUGCUGAGAAUAUAAUGGGAAACUCUUCAGCUUACAUAAGAUUAUUUAUCAAUCCAAUAUGGUUUUAUGAAGUCAAAAUCUGGAGUAUUAUUACUGGAUUCGUAUCGGCUUUCGGUUUCCUUUUUAUAACUAUCCUAGCUCAUGCUAUUAAGAAAAUAGUUUAUAAGUAUUGUUAUCCUAAAAAAGCUGAGGAUUCAGAUCCAGAGUUACCCAAAGGGAAACAGGUUUAUUCCCUUUUAGACAAUAUAGAACAUUAUAAAAGUCAACAGUUGGAAAAAUUAAAGGAAAAUUAUAAACAACAAGUGUGUAAAAUUAGAGAAAAUUGUAAUCAACAAGUUGAGUGGAUACACAGCCAAUAUAAUACACAAACAAAAAAUAUCAAGGAAAUAAAAAAUAUAGGACAACACCAUUUGGUAUUUAUAAGAGGGCAAUAUUAUGAUCAGAUUAAAAGAGUUAGAGAAUAUACCACUGGUCAAUUGAAUUGGGUUCAGGAAAACUAUAUAUUUCAAAGAAAUAAAAUACGGAAAUUCAGUUCUCAUCAUAUAUUGCGUUUGCGAGAAAGUUAUAGAUAUCAGCAACAAACACUAAAUAAAGUUCUAGAAAAUCUACCAACAUUUUAUUUUGAAAAUUGUAGGGGAAGAUGUGAUGAGUAUUUAGAUGUUGAUUUUGAGGUGUAUAUGAAAUCAUGUAUGAAUGCUGGAAGUCAAGAAGGUGAAAGUAGUUUAAUUGAUGACGAAGAAAAUUUACAAAAUAUUUCCUCAAAAAGUUCAAUAUGCAGUCGCCCAUCAAUAUAUUAUACACCAGUGUAUGAAUCUCGUAGUGAUUAUUUGGGAUCGCCAAUACAUAAAAGUUAUCUUACAAGGAAAAAUGCUCAAAGCGACAGUAACUUAAGUAAUUAUGAUGAACAUUCUACUGAUAAAUGAUAUAAUUAAAAUUUCAAAAAAUAAGUUUUUAAUUUAGUGAAUUAUUAUGAUGUAAAAAAAAAAUUAAGAAAAAAAGUUUAUAUAUUAAUUUGAAAAUGAAAAAAGCAAAAAAAAAACAUAAAAUAUUUGUAUAUAAAAUGAGGAAAUAUGGUUGAAUUUUAGAAAAUUGUUAGUUAUAAAAUUUAUAAAUAAAAUAAAGACUGUUGAAAAUAUGUGUAUAUAUAUUAUGCAUG